UGUCCGCUCCCGCCCAAUCGCGGGCCCGGGCGCGGGGGCGGCGCUUCGGUUACGGGGCAGGGGCGGUGUCGCCAUCACCGCCGUCAUCAGCAUCAUCACCCGCAUCGCCAUGAAUACUCCAACACACUUGGAAGGAGAGCCACAUGUAAGAGAGGGCUACACACAGAAAGUGGAGAGAGAGUCAAGAUGAGAGAUAUGCUUUCAUUGCUGAAUGGUAUGACCCAAAUGCUUCACUCUUUCGGCGUUAUGAGCUCCUAUAUUAUCCGAAAGAUUCAUCGAUUGAAAUGUAUGAUGUGAAGAACCGUCGCACGUUUCUGAGACGCACCAAGUAUGAGAGCUUGCACCUUGAGGAUCUCUAUGUGGGCAGCAAAGUCACAGUUUUCUCCCGGCACCUCACCAUAGUGGACUACGGGAAUCUAUACACCUCUCGCAAGCUUGGCAGCCGCAAAGAGAGAACGCUGGCUUUGAUUAAACCUGAUGGAAUGCGUAAGAUUGGAGAAUUAUUUGAUAUUAUUAUUAAUGCAGGAUUGACAAUAACAAAGGCCAAAAUGAUGCUGCUUUCAAGAAAAGAAGCAGCUGAUUUCUAUGCUGAUUAUCGAGCAAAACCUUUUUAUCAUGAGCUUCUCCAGUUAAUAAUGAGUGGUCCCAUUCUUGCUAUGGAGCUCUUAGGAGAUGACGCAGUGAGUAAAUGGAGAGCAAUAGUGGGGCCAGCAAACCCUACAGAAACUGAGAGCGAUACACUGGACAGCAUCUCAGAGAGCUUUGGACAUUGUGGCCUCAGAGAUGCAGCUCAUGGUCCGGAUUCAGUUGCUUCAGCUGCUAAAGAGCUGGAAUUGUUCUUUCCGUCCAGUGGAGGUCGUGGACCAGUCAGCAGUGCAAAAUUCACAAACUGUACUUGUUGCAUUAUUAAGCCUCAUGCUGUUAAUGAAGGGCUUACUGGAAAGAUUAUAAAAGCCAUCCUCAAAGAAGGAUUUGAGAUCUCAGCCUUGCAGAUGUUCAACAUGGAGCGUACAAAUGUGGAAGAAUUUUAUGAGAUUUACAAAGGCGUCGUCCCUGAAUACCUGGAGAUGGUUUCAGAGUUGUGUUCAGGCCCUUGCAUAGCAAUGGAGAUUAGACAAUUUGAUCCUUCAAAAGUGUUCAGAGACUUCUGUGGUCCUUCUGACCCUGCAUUAGCCCGUCAUCUCCGACCUAAAACUCUGCGUGCUGUCUUUGGGAAGGACAAGAUUCAAAAUGCUGUUCACUGCACAGACCUGCCUGAAGAUGGACUUUUAGAGCUUGCACUGACACCUGUGGUGCACUUGCAGCGUCUUGUCUCACCUCAGCUUGCUGCUUCAAGGGAAUCCUACAAGACCUCCACAGCAACUCCUGUCUGUGAGGCAGGCAAGCAAGUGUCCCUCAAGAUAAGUGUGAAGUGCAGAGACAGUGCUCCUCAUCACUCAGUGAGCUGCUUGGGAUCCUCAGGAAAGCAGUACUUGCUGUCAUGUUGGAGUUUGAGACAUCUGAUGGGAGAUGGGAUCUUACACUUUAUUUCAUUCCAGUAGCUCUACCAAGCCAUUGAUGUGUUCUGAUGGUGACCAAAGAUGCUACUAAAUAAGAAGUAGAACUCCAGGUGGGAGAGUUCUGAACUAAUACGUUCAUCUCCAGCUACAGAGCAGUUGGCUUAUCAUGGGGACUGAGAAGAUUCAAUGAAUCUGUACCUUCUUGUUAAAUCUGCAAGUAUCUAUGCUUCAGAAAUCGGUGUUCUGAGUCAGCACUGUAGUUACACAUGAUAUAAAAACAUCUUGUUAUUUUAAACUUGUUUCAUAGUUCACUUAUUUUUCUUUGAGUAAAUAGCAUAAAACUCAUUCUUGGUAUUUGUGAUUGUGGUAUAAUGAACUACUGUCUUGUCCUCUCAUUUCCAUCCUUUUUGGAAUUUGCAUUUUUCUAAUAUUUUGGUUGUUUGUUACAAUUUCCAAAUAGCUUCCCUUGCCCUUCUCUUCCACUGUAUUUUUGGAGUUGAGCAUAACCAUAUACAAUUUUUGAGAUGACCAUGUUAACAGCAUGCAACAUAAAAGCACAGUGCACUCUGUGUUAUCCUGCAGUGUUUAUGUAAUAAAAUCUUCUAUUGCAAGGUUGAUUUUUUGGUGCAUAAGGGUUUUUAUCCCAGUUCUACUUAAGAAAUUAAUGUGGACAGUUAAAGUGCAUGUGUGCAAAUUGUUUUGUCUUGGACAGCCUGGCUGGCUUUUACUUCUUACAUUGUGUGACACUUGGGAGAGAGGCAGGAGUGACAAACCUGUCCUUUUUUUUUUAAUAAACUAAACCCUCUUCAGAUUUGUGUGGGAAAAUAACACUUUAUUUUCAGAACACAUACAAUGGUAAGUAAGUAGACCAUCUUCUUUGACAACCAGUUUUCUUUCUGUAGUGCUUGUGGCUGAAAGGAUGGUAUGAAUCCAUGGGGGUUUUGGUGUGUUAAUGUAGUGAUUUAGUCAUGUGAAUCAGCUGAGUGAACUAUAGCUGAAGUGUGUUUUAGGUGUUAGGUGUUAGCAAGUGUGCUUGCUAACAGCAUAGAUGAGUUUGUGCAGAUGUACAAACCAAUGUUAAUGGGUGACAAAAGCUUUUUGUUUCCUACUUUUUUCCUACAGACCUCAAAGUGAGACAACAUGUAAAAAUUUAUCCAACCUACACGUUUAGGGAGAGUGUAUUGAUGCUGAAACUUUGGGUCAGCAGAGACUCUGGAUCAUGUGCCUGGAUGCCUACACUAACCAAACAGAUAGCGUUGUGGUGGUUUUGGGGAGAGGGUGCUGGUGAGUGUCUGUCUAACUGCUUGGAAGGCACCAAGAUUCUUGAGAGGCUGUAGAUGGAUACAGGGAUGGAAAAGGCUUCCAUCUCUCAGCUACCAGUUUUGAUUCUGCAGGGAUGAAGGACUGAAAAUUACUGUCACCUUUCUGGUGAUGGAUGAGAAGUGAAUCUGUGAAUUCAGCCCCUAUCUUUCUAAUAUGUCACCCUGUCAGCCCCCUGACUUCUGCCAUGAAAGAGACUAACAUAGUCUCUUACCAAAAACUGCCAGCCCAGGGAGCAAGGGGAAUGAGAGAGUUGAGGUGCCCUUUCAGUGCUGGGGUUUCUUUGAGGCUGCAGUUCUACCUGUGUGGAGUGCUGCUACAGCCCAAGGUGAGCCUGGGUCUGGUGUAUAGACAAAAGCUUUGACUCCAAAGCUGCUCAGCAGGCACCUCUCAUCAGCAAUGCUGUUUGCAUUGUUUUCUGGAGAGAAGAAGAGUUAAAUUGUAAGUGCCUUACACUUGGAAUCUUCAGCACACUUUGUGCCUGUGCAGGGGCCUGUGUUAAUACCAAGAUCUUUCGCUCUCCCUUGGAAAACUGGCUGUCUCACUUCAUCUGCUUCCCUCUUUACAAUUUUGCCUGGCCUUUCCAUGCUCUUAGGGCACACACCUUUCAGAUGGUACUUGCCUGUGCUCAGCCAGGGCAUUAGCCUGGAUUUUGUUAUUGCCUGCUGUAUUAGCUCCUGAAACUUUGUGGUAAUGUGUGGAAGUGCUCAGAGAGAGCAGCCAACUUCAUUAACAUGAGUUUUGCUGGGAGUGAGUGUGACUGAAGCAGAAGUUCAUGAAGCAGCUCCUCCUCAGUGAAGCAGUUUAUGGGGUCAGAGCCAGAAGAUCACAGUUAUUCACGUUAUUCACCCGUUGUUACUUCCUGAGCAUUAUUGCUAUUUGUCCCUGAACAGGAGCUAAAGAGGGCAUAGCUGAAUGCUGCAAAGCAGGUAGAUGAUUCCUGGGAUCUACAAGGGGAGUACUGAUGUUAAAUUAGAUCCUGUCUCAUCCCUGGGAGACAAUGAGCGCACCUGAAUGUUAGCAUCAUUAGAAAAGCAUUUGGGUGGCAUCUGUGAAAUUUGUUUAAUUGUUUUCAGAUCAGCUCCUGGUGUAGAUUUAUGCUCUGUCUUGGAUCCUGUAAAGAUCAGAGGUGUGCUUGGUUCAGAGAGGCUGUCCUUGCCCUUGGUCAAAUGUGAGGCUUAUUCAGAUGUUUUGUACUGAUACACUCCCCUUUCUGUGUUUUGGACUAUACUCAGACCUUGGGAAAGAGAGGAACUGUAUUUACUAAAAUACAGAGUAUUUUGGAGUAUUUUACCCCCAUCUGGAUACUUGAUGCAAGUUAUCACCAAGUCCUGCAUUGCCUUGGGAAAGGACCUGAUGCUUUUAGAGUGGAGGUUCUUCAUGGUGUCUCCUCAUAAGAUGGGGGCUCUCCAAAUCUCUUGGUAGAGCUGAGAUCGUGAUUCUUCUGAAGUCUUGAUUCUUCUCAUAAUGCCAUACCUGUGGUCAUGGGAUGGGUAACUAAGUUCUGGUGGUUCUUGUCCAGCACUGCCACGCUCCCGAGGGUGAGGUUCUUAGAGAGAAGGAUCCUUUCUGCAUACCACAGAUAUGCCAGCUCUUAACUGAUUUUACUGGGAGCUGGGUGUAACUGACCCACUUGAAGAUAAUUAUACAUAAAGAGAAUGUACAGGCGCCUGGUUUUGCACAGUAUAUGAAAUGCAGUGUUGCUUGUUCUGGUGUCUGAGCCGUCUGAGCCUUGCCAGUACAGUCUGUGAGGAUCUUGAACAAUCCAAUAAAAGCUAAUUGAGGAGGAAGAGGCUUUGCACAGGUUGUGAGUAAACACAGGUUGUUCAGCCCAGCCUGGGAAAAUUGGUUGCACACAAUCAAGGGGCCUUUGGACACUAAAAUAGCAGAAAUCCUUUUGUUGCUAGUGGCAAGUGAGCAGGCAUUGGGCAGGGCCAAUAUUCACCUGUGUCGUUGGGUGCUGUAGGGGUACUUAAAUCCCAGAGGUGGCCCAGGCAGGCAUGGGAGUUGACUCAGCUCAAUUAAACUUGCUCCAUGGCAGGGAAGUGGGGCCUGUGGUCGCAGCAGUUGUAUCAGCACCCCAGGCUGAGGCUGGACACAGAGUUAUUACCUAGGAAGAAGCAGAUUCCAUUGCACCUGGCUGUUUUGGAACAGCUCCCCACCCACACCAAGGGCUGUGCCUAGCCUGUGCUGGACUGCGGUACUUGGCCAAGCUGGGAACAGAAGUCCAGAAUGCCAGUGCUCUGAAAUGGAUAACUGCUGUGUGUUAGUGCAAGUGUUUGUGCAGACACAGCCUUAAAGGCUUGUGUUGUUAAAUAUAUGUGUGUAUCUCUCUCUGCUUUUUAUUUUACUAGUGCUUUUGUGUGUCUCUAUUAUGAAAUGCAGGUGUCCCAUAUAACAAGAAGGAAGAUAAAAUUCGCUUUAGUGGCUACAAUUAUACUUAACUAUGCUGAGUCAAUCUGGCAGAAAGAACAGCAUGUUCAGACUGGCAGUUUAUAAUGUAAUGUCCUAUUAGUCAGUAAGGAAAGCAAUGGCUUCCUGAGGAGAGUGGAUAGAGCAGAUUAAAAUAAAGAAUCUUGAAGGCAAUGCAUGUUUUUAUUUGAGAAAAUGAAAUGUCACAUCUUGAGGCCCUUACCUUGCCUGCAGUCCUUCUGCCCCCAGGACUGUUGAUCAGCCCCAGCCCAGUGAGGCUGUGUCAGUGACACUUGUGAAAAGUCAUUUUGAUAUCAAGGCUGUUGUGUAUCCAAAGUACUGGUACCACUGUGUGAACAGGAUGCCCAGCUGAGAGUCUACACCUACUUGGGGUGGGGUGAGGUUUUCUUGGACUUUGGUUGUUUGGGAAUAUUCUUAACCAUCCUGCAGUCUUCUAGUGCUGUACCACUAGCAGGUCUGACAAAUUACAGCAGCAUUUCUAAUGGGGGAAGGUGACAUGUUUGAGGAGGGUGUUUCUUUUGGGGGUGUGAGGGUGUGGUCCUUUGGUAGCAGAGUUGUCCUGAAGCCUGGAACCAGGUGGGUCUUUUCAGUGGGCAGCUGCAGGGCAUGUGGCUAGUGUAGCUACUGCCCUUCCUGCCUGGUUAAUUAGUGAUCUGAGCAGCCAUUCUGCUUUCACUGAUGUGGGACGAUAAAGUGAUUGGGGCAGGGAUGUUGGAUAAAGGUUUGGUUUUGCCUAAUUUCAUAUGCAAUUCCUAAGAGUACGUUACACAAGCCCUUUUUGACAUUUGCUCACUGAAGUGAACACAAGCACCUUAAGUUUUCCACAAUGGUCGUCCCAACCUCUAGACUAAGCCAGAAUCUUUAUUAAUGCUUGGACUCUGCACCCAUAUAGAGAAUUAAAAUGCAGAAAAGUAUCUAAGCAGUAGUGGGGUCUUAUACAAAUAAAAAUUAGCCAUUUUUUUCUGUUUGUUUGUUGGUUGGUUUGGGGUUCUUGUUGUGUUGAUUGUGUUGUUGUUGUUGUUUAAAUUGUCACAGACUGUUCACCUAGGAACUGAAUUGUAGGGCCAGUUGAUCCUAUCAAACUUUGAGCCACACAACAACAUCCCCACUCCCCACCAAAAUGGUAGCAGCAGGAACCCAUCAAUUGCUGAGAGCCAAAAUGGCUCCACUUUCCUGCAGUUCUUUUUGCAGGUGGAACUUCCAUUAGGGAGUAGUUUAGGGCUGUCAUCACAGCUUUUGAAAUCUUUGCUAUAAACAUACAGCAGCAAAAGAAAGAGCUGAAGGUGGGAUUUCUGCUGCCACCUGCUCCUUGGGAACAACAUGAAACAGCUAAACGCGUGCACUAACCACCACAGCAUACCAUAACCACGCUUUUCCUUCUAGCAGAUGGCAAAGAGUUUAGCAUCUUGCUUUUCCAGGAUUGUGUUUUCCAAUUAGGAAGCCUUUAUCAAGCACUUGCUCUAGGAUAGUCCUUUUUUGUCACUUUCCAUGGAGAAAUUCUCCCUGGUAAUCUGCUUCAUGCAGCACAAAGCAAGCUUGACUCCUGCACCAAGCCAGCUGCCACUUUUUGUCGCAUCGGAGCAGCCCCAGCAGGCACAGCCCAUCCUUUGCCCUGGCCACCAGCCCAGCAGCAAUGCAGAGCAACUGGCUGCCCUGAAACUCUUGUGGCUUCACUGUGCAGCCUCCUUUCUGGCUGCUGGAAGCUUUAACCUGUGCUGAUCGGCAUGUGUGUCGGUUGUGCUGUGCCUGGAACACAGAGCCUGUGCAGUAAGGGGGAGGAGACAUUUUGGGAUCCUGACACCUACAGGCACACGUGCCACAGCAGCCUCUCAUCCGGGGUAGGGAGAGGGGAAAACAAGUAACUAACAGCAGCACUCGUGUAACAGCUCAAUGUUUCAAAUGUUUAAAGAGCUUCAAAUCCUUGUGCUGAGACUGCCUGGGACUGAUAAAGAUGCAUUUUCUGUUUG